AAUAGAAACUAUAAUCUUGUGGUUGUUAUGUUUCAGUCCGAUGCUGAGAAGAUAAACAAACAACUGCAACAUCAGAUCCACGAACUCCAGGUUAAAAAUGAAGAAGGACUCCGUACCCUCAAUGACUAUGACGCCACCAAGAAGAAGCUUGCUCUCGAGAAUGCUGACCUUCUGCGACAACUUGAAGAAGCAGAGGCUCAAUUAGGUUCACUAUCCAAGCUUAAACUGUCGCUUUCUAACCAUCUGGACGAUACCAAGAAGGUUGCAGAAGAGGAAUGCAGGUUGCGCGCCACUCUUCUUGGUAAAUACAGGAACUUGGAGCACGAUAUCGAUGGUCUUCGUGAACAACUUGAUGAAGAAAAUGAAAUAAAGACUGACAUGCAGCGCAUGCUAUCCAAGGCUAGUGCUGAAGUUCUUAUGUGGCGCUCCAAGUACGAAUCAGAGGGUGUUGCUCGAGCUGAAGAACUUGAGGCUGCUCGUAUUAAACUCUCUUGCCGUCUUGAAGAGGCCGAAGCUCAAAUUGAACAGCUUAAUGUUAAAAAUUUGAAUCUGGAAAAAAACAAACAAAGGACUUUAGCAGAGUUCGAAGAAAUGCAAAUUGCAGUGGAAAGGGGACAGACUCUGGCUUAUGCCGCAGAGAAGAAACAAAAGAACUUUGAAAAAAUCAUUGGUGAAUGGAAAUUGAAGGUUGACGACCUUGCAGCUGAACUUGAUGCUUCCCAAAAGGAGCAUCGUAAUUUGUCUACCGAGAACUUCCACCUCAAUGCCGUUUACGAAGAGAAACUUGAACAAUUCGAAUCAAUUCGCCGUGAGAACAAGGGUCUUUCUGAUGAAAUAAGGAGCCUUUCAGAUCAAGUUGCCGAAGGUGGCCGUAACCUUCAUGAGUCUGAGAAACUUGCUAAACGUUACGAGGCCGAGAAGGAAGAGCUUCAGGCCGCUCUUGAGGAGGCCGAAACUGCUCUGGAACAGGAAGAGAAUAAGGUACUUCGUAACCAGCUUGAGCUCGAUCAGGUCAGGCAGGAGAUUGAUCGACGCAUUCAAGAAAAGGAAGAGGAAUUCGAUAAUACCCGCAAAUGCCAUCAGCGUGCCAUGGACUCUAUGCAAGCAUCCCUCGAAGCUGAAGCCAAAGCCAAGACCGAAGCUCUCCACAUGAAAAAGAAACUUGAGACUGACAUCCACGAGCUUGAGGCUGCACUAGACCAUUCCAAUAAAACCAAUGCUGAUAUGCAGAAGUUUGUCAAGAAGACUCAGGGUGAAUAUAAAGAACUACAGACCCGAUACGACGAGGAGCGCCGCCUUGCCUCUGAGUACCGAGAACAGCUCAGUGUUUCCGAGCGUCGUGCCAAUUCUCUUCAGGGCGAAUUGGAGGAAGCCCGCACACUUCUUGAACAAUCUGAUCGUGGUCGCCGCAACGCCGAGUCUGAACUGUCUGACGCCAAUACUAUAGCAACUAAACUUUCUUCCGAAAAUAGUUUGCUCAGUGCAUCCAAGAGGAAACUGGAGGGAGAACACCAGACACUCCAAGCCGACUUAGAUGAAAUGCUCAGUGAAUCAAGAAAUUCUGAAGAUAAAGCUAAGAAGGCGAUGAUUGACGCUGCUCGCCUGGUUGAACUGCGAAACGAGCAGGAACACGCCCAAAUCCAGGAGAAGAUGCUCAAGGGCUUGGAAAUCACAGUUAAGGAACUCCAGGUUCGUCUUGAAGAGAGUGAGAGGCACUCCAGAAGACAGGAGAAGGCUGCCUUCGUUAAGAUGGAAAAUCGUGUUCGUGAACUGGAAGGACAAUUGGACCAAGAGGCCCACUCUGAGGCCCAGCAGAACCUUAGAAAGUGCGAGAGGCGAAUGAAGGAACUCAGCUUCCAGUCCGAUGAGGACAGGAAGAACCACGAGAAGAUGCAGGACCUUGUCGACAAGCUGCAACAAAAGGUUAGAACCUACAAGCGCCAGAUCGAGGAGGCCGAAGAGAUUGCCGCUUUGAAUUUGGCCAAGUACUAGCAGGAGCUGGAGGAGUUCGAGGAGAGAGGUGCUCUUACCUCUAACCGUAAAAUCACCCAGCAUUUCGAGCGUUCUGUGUCGCAUGUUAUUCUUUGAGCAUUCUGAGGUUUGAAUGUUAUAUAUUUUGUAGGCUAGUCCAAAAUUUAGAUAAUAAUCAGUCAAAAUUUAAAUAACUAUUAAUGUUACUGUGUGAAUUUAUAUACACUAUUAUACUGCACACGAUUUUAACAAAGAAGUAAAGCUCUCUUGACAUUCAUUACUUGUUCCAUGACAUAUUUUAUUGGAAGAUAAACAUAUCCUCUACAUGACAUCUUAUCAACAAGAGUGUAAACAAGAAGUAUGAGAAAA